AGUUGGGUGCUUUUUCACGGUGCUCGAACAAAUCCCCGAUCUCUCACUCACUGAUGAAACCCUAAACCCUUUCUCUCUCUCUCCGAUUUUCGCUCUCCGAUCCAACAACAAUGGAAGAAGCCAUGAUCUUAGGGUUCGGGAAACCCACAAAGCCCUAGCCUUCGUUGUCCCUUCCCCAUGUUUCGAGGUAAUAUUUCAUAAUCAUAUAAUGGAAGGGACAUCAAAUUAUGCUAAAGAAGUAAGUUUGGGUAGUAGCGCCACUUACUUUGAUAAAGAACAUGGUGAAAGUGGAUUCAGUGGUGAAGCGGCCUCAGGAGAUGAUGAAGGAUCUGAGAAUAUGCUUGCUGAUUCACCAACAGAGGAGCCAAUAGCUGAAAAGAAAGCAGCUUCUCUAGGGGGCAAUAAUAAUGCUGAGCUUGAUGGCAUUCAGAUAACAUUGGGAGAAGAUGGAUUUGGUGUAGCUGUGAAGAAGUCAUCAUUUACAUCAUAUGGGCUGUGUCGAAGACUCGUAUUAGUAUGCACCAGAGGUGGAAAGGGGCGGGCAAAUGCAUGCUACCAAUCGAGACCAACUGCGAAGACAAAUUGUCAAGCUAUAGUAAUUGCAAAGUUGUGGGGUGAUGGUUUGUUGCAUCUGAUAGAGGCUAACCUUGAACAUAAUCAUGCAUUAAAUCCUUCAUCAGCACGAUUCUUGAGGUGUCACAGGAAGAUGUCUGGUUACGUAAAUAAAGAUCUUCUUAAACGUGGAGGUUUGUAUGAAGUUUCAUCUUAUAAUGAAAAGGAAUGUGUGGAUUUUAUUGGAGGAAGACCGAUAAAACUUAAGGAUGGUGAUGUUGAUGCUAUUCAUCAUUUUUUUGCUCAAAUGCAGAGCAAGCAACCCAAUUUCUUCUACUUGAUGGAUUGGGAUGUUGAAGGCCAUCUGAGGAAUGUCUUUUGGGCAGAUUCAAGGUCUAGAUUAGAAUAUAAAUAUUUUAACGAUGUGGUUUUUGUUGAUACGACAUGUUUAAGAAGUAAGUAUGAUGUCCCUCUUGUUUUAUUCAAUGGAGUGAAUCAUCAUGGGCAGUUGAUUCUUUUGGGUUGUGGUUUACUUUCAGAUGAAAGCACUGAAAGCUACUUGUGGUUAUUGAGAACAUGGCAGGCUUGUAUGGUUGGAUGCUCUCCUAAUGCCAUAAUUACUGACGAGAUUAAGAUGAUCAAAGCUGCAAUUGCAGAGAUUUUUCCUAAAGUUCGUCAUCGAAUAUCUCUAAACAAUAUAAUGGAGAGUAUUGCUCAUAAAUUGAGAGGUAAUACAGAAUAUGAAACUAUCAGAAAGGAAAUAAAGAAUGUAGUAUAUAAUUCUUUGGUAGAUGAUGAAUUUGAAGAAGGAUGGAGAAUUUUGACCCAGAGAUUUGGGCUUGAAGAUAAUGAAUGGCUUUUCUUUUUAUAUGAAAAUCGUCAAUUGUGGGCCCCUGCUUUUUUAAAGGAUACUUUUUGGGCAGGGUUCUCUAUUGAUCAACAUGGUGAUAAUAUGUUCUUUCAGGGUUCCGUUGGUCCAAAAACUUCUUUGAAGUAUUUCCUUAGUAAUUACUUGGUGCUCGUACAGAGAAAGUAUGAAAUGGAAGCUCAAGUUGACUUUGAAUCACUCAGUAUAAAUCAGCGUUUAGUAUCAAAAUUUCAUUUGGAAGAGCAGCUAUCUAAAAUAUACACACUGAACAUAUUUAAGAAAUUUCAGGAUGAACUGAAAGCCACUGUGCACUGUCAGGUUUCAUUGUUGAAGAUGGACGGUUCAACCUCUACAUUUGAAGUCAAAGACUCUGAUUUUACUGAAGGAGGCAGUAAUAUGGGGCGUAAAAGUUACAAGGUUGUAUAUGAUGUAAUUGAAUCUGAGGUACAAUGUUACUGUGGGUAUUUUCAGUUUCAUGGCAUUCUUUGUCGACAUGCGCUAUCUGUAUUUAAGUUCCAGCAAGUGCAUGAGAUUCCAUCUCAUUAUGUACUUAAUCGUUGGAGGAAAAACUGCAAGUUAUUGCAUGCCUCAAACCACCCCUUAAAAGAUGUUGUAACUAACAACCAAAUGGAGCGUUAUGAUCAUCUCUCUAUGCGCUGCCUUCGCCUUGUUGAGAUUAGCGCAACAUCUGAUCAGAAAUACCAAUUUGUGAUGAAGUUAGUAAGUGAAGUGCGGAAGUCUCUUUUAGAUGAUAAGACAUGUCGAGAAUUGCAACAGAGACUUUCACCAAUUGCAAGGUCAGCAGAAAAUGGUGAAGAUCAUUUUACAUCAAAGAUGGUUGUUUUCGACGGGAAGAAUAAUUCAAAUUCUUUGCCUGCAAAGCGUCGAGGGCGCCCUCCCAAGAGGAGGAAAGAGACAGACGCCGAGGCGAUGCUUAGCCAAAGCAGCAUUGGGGACCCAUCAAUGGUACCAUCUGAUCGAAGUCAGAAUGGCGCCCCUCAUUCUUCUUCGAUUGCUUCACAUCUUGGCUCUAAUAUCAGGACAAAUGGAGGCUUUGAUCCUAUGGAAGAAGUUAAUCCAAACCACUUAUCGUUUGGUAGCCAUUUUGGACUGAAUGCUAAUCACCAACUCCAUCUUGGCACUCAGUUGCAUUCUGGAAACACAUUGCAGUUUGGCCGACAAGCAGUUGGAAGUCAAUCAAGGAUGCAGUGGAUAUAUCAACAAAUGCUUCAGGAAGAGCAUACACCUUUUGGCCGGAAGACAGGGUAGGAAGGAGCUGUGAGAGCGGCGCUUCUAAUUUCAUGUUCUGACGAAGAGCUUGAAACUUGCAACUCGGAGAAGACAUUUGGAUCACGCGGCGUUAAAUAUUGGUUUGAAAUCACCGAGGCAGCUCCUCUCCUCUUCCAUAUUAUUUUCGCAAGCUCAAUCUAACUUGAAAGAAAAUGUUGGUUGCUUCAGAAGCCACUCGCGACGCCGCUUGUUCAAAAUCAAACAUGUCACUGUAGAUGUAGGUUAAGUCCUAACAGAAUUUAAUGUACAUAUACACCUGAAUUUCUGAUGUUGUUCCAGUCCUAAUAGAUUUUUUUGCAAAUUUUAUUUUUUAUUUUUUAUUUUUUCUUUCGUAGGGGUGGGGCAGCAAUGCCCUCGAAUCAGUGAAGAGUGAAAUUGUAUUACUGAACUUUAUUUAAUUCUUUCAAGAGUAAUUUUAUGUAAUCUAAUUAUAUAAAUUCUUUUUUCUCUUUUAA